AAGGUAUGGGAAAUCAACCUCAAACUCAACUUUUACUCUUGCUUCAUAACUGGUAGCUCUGACUAUUGUUGACUUAAGCAUCGGAGUGUCUACCCCGAGAACCAACCUCGGGGCCUUGCAGGAUAGCCGAAGUGAAGAUUCGAGAUCCGGAGUAUCUCCCAGUUCUCUGCAACUACAUUGGCGCCGUCUGUGGGAAACGAGCUAAAAGCCUUUGCUAGUGGCUGUUACGAUAGUUAACACGCGCUCAACGUACCACAGAAGUCUUCAACAAGGGCAUGGAAGAGAUCAGUCCCUCGACGGGAACCCCACAUCUCACCCCGUACCACCUCCUCCAACUCAACACCAGCACAUAAAAGGGACCGGGGAAAAUAACCCAAACUCACUGGAAAUCACAAAUGACCCCAUAGUCACCCAACUUAACGCCAUGCAGCAGCAGUUCGGUGUGUUCCAACUCGUGCUCGCCCAACUGUUAGCUAGAGACAACCCAGGUGAUCCCCUCAUCACCUUAUUAAAUCCCACCAACCAAGCACCAAAUCACCAGCCUCGACAAAAUGUCAGUUCACCAGCUCAGACUGCCGUCCCGCCUCCCAAUGAGUCUCAAGCCCAUUCCCAUGUGGCACCUCAACCUCGACAACCGCCCCAACCGGCUGUCUCAGAUCUUCCCAAUCAACCGCACUUAGAACAAAUGGUGCCCGACAACCGAAGUCCCCAAAUCCCGGCUCAGCCAAGUUCUGCCCUUAUUCCUACCCCCCUUAACACCAACAUCGUUCAUGAACCUUACCCACCUGGGUUUAGAAUGCCCCAAUUCGAGACAUAUGACAGUACCAAGGACCCUGACGAUCACUUGCACGCAUUCUACUCCGUCAUGCAAGCUCAAAAUGCCUCAGACGCCUUGAUGUGCAAAAUAUUCCCUUCUACUCUGCGUGGAAAUGCGCAGACAGCUUGUUGCCGAACUCGAUCAGUGGCCGAGAGAGAAGGUGAAUCCUUAAAGAAUUACAUGAACAGAUUUAAUGAUGCGGUGCUGGAGAUCGCCUCAUUCAGCCAAGUUGUCGGGUUAGCUACACUAAUCCAAGGCCUCAAGCAUGAGAGGUUCCGAGAUAGCCUCAUAAAGCACGCCCCUUCCAUGUUUGAUGAAGCCAAUGAAAGAUCUUGGAAAUUUAUCCAAGCCGAGGAAUAUGCUUUGUCUGGCAAACCAGCUCCAAAUAAAGAGAUCAAAAACAAAAUGGAGCUCAGAAGGCCUCUUCCUAUGCGAAGUUCACCCGCCUCAAGGGAUCAGAGCAGAUAUUGUGAUUUCCACCAGGACCAUGGCCAUACCACUCAAGUUUGUCCUGGAGCAGGGACGACUUCAGGCAUCUCGAGAUGCAAGCAACCGAACUGGAGUUGGAUAUCAACAAGCACCACCCCCGCUCCCUCCACCCUCACGCAUCAUUCACAUGAUAACAAGAGGUCCGGAAGCUGGAGGGAUGAGCUCAAAGCAGUAGAAGCUCUAUGUGCGAGAGUCAUGGUCAAUAAUUGUGAAGUUCAGCGCGUCCUUGUAGACACAAUAAGUGCUCCGGAUAUCAUGUACUACCAUUGUUUCGAGAGCCUUGGCCUCGACCCUACCCUUCUACAAAAGUAUGACGGCCCCAUCUACAGCUUCAACAAUCAGCCAGUGCCUGUGGAAGGAAUCCUUAAACUCAAUGUAGCAUUCGGUUCAGGUCGGGCCUAUGUAACCCCCUCAGUCCGAUUUUUGGUAAUGAAGAUGGCCUCAUCCUUCAACAUCGUCAUUGGGAGGCAAACCCUGACCGAAAUUAGGGCAGUUGUCUCACAAUCCCACCUCUGCAUGAAAUUCCCCACCCCUACUGGCGUGGCGACAUUGAGAGGGAACCAGGAGAUAGCCCGGCACUGUUACAUGACUUCGGUCUCUCGACCUCGGAGAGACAAACAAUUAGCAAACCCAUACCCACCUCAGCUUGAAGCCCCAACUCAACAGCAAGUCAUGGGUGUAGAACUGCUCGAUAACAGACCUGAAGGCGAAACCAGAGCCACCCCGGCAGAAGAAGCAAAGGAUCACCUAACCGACUUGGCGGAAACAUUCACCAACCUAAGAGCACACCACAUGAGAUUGAACCCAACCAAGUGUGUCUUCGGUGUUGAAUCCGGUAAAUUCCUAAGAUUCAUGGUCUCCAGGAGGAGGAUCGAAGUCAACCCCGAGAAAAUCAAGGCAAUAGAAGAGAUGAAGCCCCCGAAGUCAAUUAAGGAUGUGCAGCGCCUAGCUGGGAGAAUUGGAGCUCUACACAGGUUUGUGUUGAAGUCCGCAGAAAAAUGUUUGCCCUUCUUCAAAAUCCUAAGAUCCAUGGCCCAUAAAGACGACGCAGGGAAACCUAAGAAGUUCCAAUGGACCUCAGAGUGCCAAACCGCCUUCAAUGACCUUAACAGUAAGCUCGGUCUUAGUCAGAGAGGCAGGCAAAUAGCAGAAGCCGGUAUACUAUGCCAGCAAGAUUCUACAAGGAGCCGAGCUGCGAUAACAUUUCAACAGAGGUCAUCAAUUCGAGCUCAAGCCUUGGUAGACUUUGUUGUCGAAUGCACCUCGGCCUCCGAAACUGUCGCUUUUGAAGCCGAGCAAUGGACCCUCUAUGUGGAUGGGUCCUCGAGCAGUAGAGGGUCAAGGGCCAGAGCGGUGUUGAUGGGGUCAAGAAGAUUCCGAAGUGAGCAUGCCCUGAAAUUUAAUUUCGAAGCAACAAAUAAUAUGGCCGAAUAUGAGGCACUUCUUCUCGGACUUCGCUUAGCAGCUGAAUUGAAGGUUAGAUCUCUGCAAGUUUACAGUGACUCACAACUCAUAGUCAACCAAGUCAACUCUACAUGCAAGGUCACAGAUCCCACCCUUGCCAAGUGCUUAGCUGUGGUUCUGAAGCUCCAAAGCCAAUUUGAAAGAUUUCAACUCACCAAAAUCUCGAGGUCCGAAAAUGGCCAUGUUGAUUUGCUAUCAAAGUUAGCUUCCAAUAGCUCAAGUGGACUGAGGUCAUACUUGCUCCCCCUUCUUCGUUGUUUAACUCCUUAUGAGGCCGAGUACGCACUUCGUGAAGUGCAUGAGGGUGUAUGUGGGAGUCAUGUCGGAGCUCUGGCCCUGGCUCACAAAGUCCUUCGGCAACGAUACUACUGGCCACACAUGCAAGAAGAUGACAAAAAGCAUGUCCAAAAAUGCCCAAAGUGCCAGUUCUUUGCACAUCUCACCCACCAACUCGCAGAGGAACUCACCACCUUAGUGGCACUAUGGCCCUUUGCACAAUGGGGCAUUGACCUCCUAGGCGAAACGCCCUACUGCUUGGCUUUUGGGACCGAGGCAGUCAUCCCUGUCGAAAUGGGUGUCCCAAGCCUAAGAGUGACCCAUUUCAACGCAACUCGAAAUGAGCAGUUACUCAGAGAAAACCUCGAUGUUUUGGACGAAGUCCGCGAGGAAGCUCGACUUCGGACAUUAGCAUACAAACAAAAGCUGGCCAACUCAUACAAUAGACGAGUCCGACCUCAAACCUUUAGAGUUGGUGACCUCGUCCUUAGAAAGGCAGGACUCACCAGCUUCGAAACUCACUUCGGCAAACUCGCGCCCAACUGGGAAGGCCCAUAUGUAGUAGCCGAAGUCCCAUACCCUGGCGCUUACAUACUUGUCGACGCCGGGGGUAAAAGAAUACUUAGGGUUUGGAAUGUAAAUAAUUUAAAGAAGUUUUAUUCGUAAUAAAGCUUCAUUUUAUCCAAAUUCUUAUCAACUGAGCUCGAGCUCUCAUGUCGACUUCUACCUCGUCUUUAAAGUUACAUAUCUGAUCUCUUCCUAUCCGAGGUCAAAUAGUUAGUAUUUUUUAUUUGCUAUAAUAUUUUUUAAGUUUGUUACAAUUUUUCAAUAAACAAUAUCACAAUAA